CCCGGCCCCCUCCCUGCCAGCUCCUGGAGGCGGGGACGCGGCGGUGGCGUCGGCUUCUCUGGUCGACUCUUUCUCACUCACUGGGGAGCCUGGCGGUGGCGGCACCUUCGGAGGCAGAGCUGCAGAACCUCGAGCCCGUGGGCCAGCUAGUGGGAGGUCGUACAGACUCACGGCAGAACCGACCGACGGAGAGCGGGGCAGCCAGACGGCCGAGUCGCUUCAAGUUCCGCCAUGAGCUGGGGCACGGAGCUGUGGGAUCAGUUCGACAGCUUAGACAAGCAUACACAAUGGGGAAUUGACUUCUUGGAACGAUAUGCCAAAUUUGUUAAAGAGAGGAUAGAAAUUGAACAGAACUAUGCGAAACAAUUGAGAAAUUUGGUUAAGAAGUACUGUCCCAAACGUUCCUCCAAGGAUGAAGAGCCAAGGUUUACCUCGUGUGUAGCCUUUUUUAACAUCCUUAACGAGUUAAACGACUAUGCAGGACAGCGAGAAGUAGUAGCAGAAGAAAUGGCGCACAGAGUUUAUGGUGAAUUAAUGAGAUAUGCUCAUGAUCUGAAAACAGAAAGAAAAAUGCAUCUUCAAGAGGGACGAAAAGCUCAGCAGUAUCUCGACAUGUGCUGGAAACAGAUGGAUAAUAGUAAAAGGAAAUUUGAAAGAGAAUGUAGAGAGGCAGAAAAGGCGCAACAGAGUUAUGAAAGAUUGGAUAAUGAUACUAAUGCAACCAAGGCAGAUGUUGAAAAGGCUAAACAGCAGUUGAAUCUGCGUACCCACAUGGCUGAUGAAAAUAAAAAUGAAUAUGCUGCACAAUUACAAAACUUUAAUGGAGAACAACACAAACAUUUCUAUGUAGUGAUUCCUCAGAUAUACAAGCAACUACAAGAAAUGGAUGAACGAAGGACUGUUAAACUCAGUGAGUGUUACAGAGGAUUUGCAGACUCAGAACGCAAAGUUAUUCCUAUCAUUUCAAAAUGUUUGGAAGGAAUGAUUCUUGCAGCAAAAUCAGUUGAUGAAAGAAGAGACUCUCAAAUGGUAGUAGACUCCUUCAAGUCUGGAUUUGAACCUCCAGGAGACUGUCCAUUUGAAGAUUACAGUCAGCAUAUUUAUAGAACCAUUUCUGAUGGGACUAUCAGUGCAUCCAAACAGGAAAGUGGGAAGGUGGAUGCCAAAACCACAGUAGGCAAGGCCAAGGGCAAGUUGUGGCUGUUUGGAAAGAAGCCCAAGCCACAGUCCCCACCCUUAACCCCUACUAGUUUAUUCACAUCCAGUACUCCUAAUGGGUCCCAGUUUCUCACAUUCUCCAUUGAGCCCGUGCAUUAUUGCAUGAAUGAAAUAAAAACAGGGAAGCCCAGAAUUCCUUCUUUCAGAAGUCUCAAAAGAGGGUGGUCGAUGAAGAUGGGCCCAGCACUAGAAGAUUUCAGUCAUCUGCCACCAGAACAGAGACGUAAAAAGCUACAGCAGCGCAUCGAUGAACUUAACAGAGAGCUACAAAAGGAAUCAGACCAAAAAGAGGCACUCAACAAAAUGAAAGAUGUAUAUGAGAAAAAUCCACAAAUGGGGGAUCCAGGGAGUUUGCAGCCUAAAUUAGCAGAGACCAUGAAUAAUAUUGACCGCCUGAGAAUGGAAAUCCACAAGAAUGAGGCAUGGCUCUCUGAAGUUGAAGGCAAAACAGGUGGGAGAGGAGACAGAAGACAUAGCAGUGACAUAAAUCAUCUUGUAACACAGGGACGAGAAAGUCCUGAGGGAAGUUACACUGAUGAUGCAAACCAAGAAGUUCGUGGGCCACCCGAACAGCAUGGUCACCACAAUGAGUUUGAUGAUGAAUUUGAAGAUGAUGAUCCUUUGCCUGCUAUUGGACACUGCAAAGCUAUUUACCCUUUUGAUGGACAUAAUGAAGGUACUCUGGCCAUGAAAGAAGGUGAAGUUCUGUACAUUAUUGAGGAGGACAAAGGUGAUGGAUGGACAAGAGCUCGGAGACAGAACGGCGAAGAAGGCUACGUUCCUACAUCAUACAUAGAUGUAACUCUAGAGAAAAACAGUAAAGGUGCAGUAACUUACAUCUAAACUAACCAGGCAGCUUUGUGAUAUGUAUGACUAGGAAUGAUAACUUAAAAUGAAAACACAUUCAACAGGUGGGAAAACAUAAGAAAACUUACAGGCAUCCAAGAUUUAUUGUUCACUAUGUGAGCUGAAUGUAGGCUCGAUUUUAAAGAUGUGAAUAUUACCACAAGAAACUGUUCUCGUUGACGCUUUACCAUUUGAGUGAUGUUGGUGUGAAGCUUAAUUGGUGCCUUUUGCUUUAUGUCCUGCUUGAGUCUGUGUGAAGGAUUUGUGUUUUUCUGCCUUAUCAAUCAUAGAAUUUGACCUUGGGCAGGAAUCCAUAAAUAAAAGCUCCCCCCAACACACACACACACACACACACAUACACACACUUGGCUUCAGAAAACACAGUGACUGUAGUGAAUUCAAAUAAGUGAAACUGCUUUGAAGCGCUGUGGAAAGCUGACUCCCAAACGAGCAGUUUGGUAUAGGAGUUCGAAUUUAGCUAUAGUCUCUAAGAAGACGAGUAAUAAUAGUUGGUUAAUUGGAUAAAAUAAGAAUAUAACCAUUGUCAUUUUCUUCCUUAUUCUUAACUUUGAUUUUCUAAAAGAAGGGAUAGCUACUUAGCACAAAAUCUACCACAGUAGUAGGUGAAUCAAGAAACCUACAAAAUAACCUGGUCCAGCUCUUAGGUGAAUAAAAUGGCUUUCUUUUGAGACCUGAAAAUAUUUUCAGGCUUACUAGUAAUUUUCAGUAAUGUACAAGCUUCCUUCAAAAUUAAUCUAAUGCUUGUAUUUUUAUUUGGAAAAUGUCUUUGGGGAAGAAAUAUCACUUUAGUGAAUAUCACUUUAGCAUUUAGCAGUUAUAGUAGGAAAAUAGACUUCAAAUGAGCUAAGGUAGAGGGGAAGUCUUGAACAGAGAUGUACUGGCACAUCUUACUUUGAAAAGAAAAAUAGCUUCUUUGACUAACUGGGUUGGAGGAAGAUAUCUGUACCACCAUUUAGAGCAUUUCCUCAUUUUAGCUGAGUCAUCAAUGAUUAGGAUAGAUUCUUUUUUCCAAGUAAGUGAGGAAGCAGCUAUGAAACUGGUCAUUAAUUUUGCUCAUGUUCUGAAUUUUUCUGGUGUUUUCAGUAGCUGACUAUAAAAUGAGCUUAGGGACAUUUGGGAUGGACACUUUAAACUGAACACCCCUUUUGGUCUUACCAAAGGUCUUCAGUAAUUGUUCUUUUCUUUUUCCUCCUGGACUGCAGGUUCCUGAAGAGGGUUUCUGAGGAAAUGGGCAAGAUGUUGAAGGAGGUUACAUGCAGCUGCUUUUGGGGGGGAGGGUGUUAGAGUUGUCAGGCUCAAAGAGAGAGUGAGAGAAGCAAGUUGCAUGAGUGCAUGCAGACAUCCUUAUUUUUUACUAACUUCAUUAGCAUUUCCAUACAUUGUUUUUAAAAAAUCAUUGUGAGUCCCUAAAUUCCUCAUUCACAAUUAUUCACAUGAGGGGGGGGGAGCAACAAUGGCUAACAUUUUUCCAUUUAUUUUACUGAUGUCCAUAUCAGAGAGAAUGCAGAGCUGUCAUUAAAUUUGUCUUACAUUUGGCUGUCCCACCAGGACCAUCUCUGUCCCAGCUCUGUUUUAAUUGGCUUUUAGAUCUGUUGUCUGUUAGAGCCCUCGCCAUUCGUCAGUGUCUGCCUGCGCCAAUUCUGUGUUUGCUUAACAUCCUGUUGCAUGUCUAGAGUGAUUGGGCUAGAUUUUUCAGGCAUGUUGUUAUAAGCCCUUGUUCUUGUCAAAGCUUUAGUUUUGUCUUACAUUUGUAGUGCAAAUCACUUUGUCAAACAUCUCCAGCACUAAUGUUUCCAUCCUAGUGUUUGUGUAUGCUGCUAUAACUUCUCCACUGCAAAACAUUCCAGUUUUGGCAUUACGAAGAAGUAGUUUGUGAACCUGAAGUAUUUAUGAUAAGAAAAAGAAAACAUCUCUGCUCUAGCCUACAGCCCAGUUGAAAGAACUCUUUGAAGCGUGAUACAUCUUCAGCACCUCAGUCUGGGAAGAAUCUAUAGUCAGCCCUGAAAUCCUGGCAUAAUAAACACAGAAGAUAACUCACCACCUCAAGACAAAGGACUGUUGUCAGAAGUCAGCUGCCUCCAUUCAAAUGCUGCCUUAAACUAGAGUGCCUAAAUCUGUUGAUUGCCAACACUACCACUACAGUAUCCCACAAAGGGCUUGGUGUCAGCUCAGUGUGACCUCUUUUAACUCUGCGGGGCUGCUGCAGCUGCCGACGUAGCCUCGGUACGUGGCUUUUAGAGCUCUACCACGUUCAGUGGUGCGUCUUCACAUUUACGCAUCAAACUAGAGACCUGUUCGAGUCCAUUUGACUGUACUCAGUGUUUUUAUGAGAUGUUUUAUAGACACCCCCAUGGUCUUUUAAUUUGGGGUUACCAUGUUCUCAUUUGAUUAUUACAGUGAUUGUCUGUUUCCAAGUGAUGAUUUUGUUUGAACCAGAUAAAAGUUAGUGAAACUUCGUAAUGAUUUAUGUGCACUUUUACUUGUAAAAUGGAAAUUUCUGUAUGUUUAUACUUGUAAAUAUAGUUGUUGUUAGUGCCCUAUUGCUCCUGUUGUCCUGCCUCGCAUUUGUGCUUCUGUUAAUGACGUGUACCUUAACUGAUUCCUUAGUGGUGUUUAAUAGGGAAAUGAGUGGGGGCGGGGGGUUAUUUCUAACAAUGGAAGCUUCAUUAAUUUCGUUCUUUACUAUUUUGAGGGAAGAAAGAGAAUGUGAAAUGGUCUGUGUAUUGUUGGAUUUUAAGCAAUAUUUUAGAAGCUGUGUGACUGCUUUAAUAACUUUUGCCCAGUGUUAUUUGAAUCGUACUACCAGUUAUACUAAAGCUAAAUGACAGUUGUGUGAAAGUUAAUGCCUUCGUGAGAUCGAGUAUGCCCUUGUACACAGCUGACAUGUAGUGUGUUACUUUUGAGGCUAGUAAACUAUAAAGUUUAGAUUUUGAAUCUUGUUACAGGGUUAUUUAUAUAAUGUGACAUUAUUCAAUACUGACAGACUACAUAAAGUAGUUUUAAAUCCUAGUGCUAUUUGUAUUUUAAAGGUUAGCAAUGAGGAGGAAAUGUGAUCUGGCUGUGUUUGUCUUCUGUACAAAGCCUGAAGUGCUUGUGUUUUUUUGGCUAGCAGCCACAGAGGGCAAAGUUUAAGGUUUUCUUGUAAGGACUAACUGUUCUUUUCAAGCUACUGUUUGUUUUUCUAAAAGCAGGAUUUGCUUCCGUAGGAGGCAAGUUCCUUCAUGUGGAAUAGUGCAACCUGUAUCUGGGUUAUUACAAUAGGAAGGACAUUUGUACUUGCACAGUUUAAAUCAUUCUUAUAUCAUUCUUAAAUUUUAAACAUGUGAAUUGUCAAAAAAAAACUUCAGUUUGUUUUUUUUUUCAGUAAUUUCUACUCUUUGUGCACAUGUUGAUUUCUUGAUGGUAAAUGCCUUGUUUAAGAUAGUGUUCUCUGGUGAGAAUAUUUUCAUGGAAUAAAACAAUCUUUUCAUGGUCAGUUAAGGUAUAUAGUGUGUUAUCUCUUAUUGCUAUGUAAACUAAAAGUUUUGUUCCUGAAUGUGCUAAAUUCCAGAUAAUAUAAAGUAGAUGGCAAGUUACAUAAUUGGAAGCAUCUGUUUUGAGCAAUCUUUUUUGAAAACCAGUUCUGGAAAUUUUAUUCUAGUUUUUUGUUGCAUUCAAGCUUCCCUAAAGAAAAAAAGUUAGUAUUUCUUUACCCUAAAUAUAAGUUGAGUGUAAUAAUUUGGAUUUUAGGAUUUUAAAACCUUUGUUCUACAGUAGCUGCAUUCCACAGACUUCCCUUGUGCACUACCUGGUCCUCUGUGUCCAUAAAAACUCCCCUGUACCACGUAGCUUGAUCUAGCCACACACUGGUCGGCACUUCCUGUGCUUCCACCUGAAUUUCUAAUCAGUUAGAGGGUAUUACCCUUGUCUUCUGUUUGUCAUAAAUAGUAUAUCUGUCAUUUUAGCAAGUCUUAAUUUCAGAAGAUUCACCUUUUUAAAAGGGCUUGUAUAAAACUGUGAGCAGCUACUUGAUCCUGAGCAAUGAGGGACUGUGACUGUUGAGAUGAAAAUUUGGAGAUCCAUGCCAAGCUGCAUGUGGGGACACACACAAAACAGCAAGAAAACAGUGUCAACAAACUGAAGGGCUUUUACUAUCUGAACUGAGAUCGGGGAAGUCAGAUCCUACUUGUUGAGGAAAGAUAACAUCCUCACAAUAAUAUUAACGAAAGCAAAAAUAUCUUUGGGCUUGUUGGAAAGGAUAGAUUUUCUUUGAAGAAGAUAUUAGUUUAGGUGAAAAAUGAUAAACACCAAACCUAUUUCAGUAAGGUCAUACACCUGAAAUCAAAUAUAUUCCUAGGUAUAAUCACUGUUAGUAACCUAAGAAACUAUAACAAGUAUAAGACAUGCCAAAA